AUGAGUCAGAUUCCACAGAGGCCCACCCUUGAACAAGUGCCGCCAUGGUGCAAACAAAUCGCUCUGGCGGCCUGCUCUCCGACGUGCUCCGUCCCUGAUUUCAAUCGAUUUCUCCGCGUAUGGACAGAAGCAAGCCCUACAGUACGCUCCACACUACUUCCUGUGCUCUUAUACGUCUUUGAUCCCGCUCGAAUUCCUUCGCCAGUGGCGCUGGAGACUGGCGCAGCUGGAUACCCUCUUGCAAUGGCCUGUACAGAGGACCCGAACGGCAUCAUGAUGGACCUAGUUCAAGUCGUUGUUCCUUGGUACGACUUCUUCAGCACCUUCCAUGCUUCUCUCGACAUCCCCAUCAAUGACAAUGUUGGCACACAAAUAAGCGCCACCCAGCUUCGCGCCGAGCUCCUUCAUGGCUUCAUACGCUUCAUGAACUCAUUACACUCUCGUGACCCCCAGAGUGGGCCUUUCCAGUCGUGGGAAACCAGGCACGAGCAGUUUCUCUUCGACACCCCGAUGGCUGCAUCUUGUUAUGCAGGCAUGGAUGCUGUUCAUCUUCUGCCCCAGAAUGCCGACCGCGGCCAUCUAUCGGAAAUCAUCAACAGCAUCGAUGGGAGUUUGAAGGGUCUGUUCACAUUUCUCAAGGCUCAUCUCCGCGUUGUCCGGUCUAUACUACCGCUGGGCAACCCCGCGACAUUGAUAGCCCUAUUUUAUCCCCUGGGCCUAUUCAAGAUGCUGCAUGUUCUCUCAGCAAUGACAUCGGAACCGGAAUCACCACCUGCACUCAUCAACCUGGCAAGUCACACGACCGCAGACGAACUAUACUCGUGCCGUCUGGCGGGCGAUCUUCUCCCUAUGCUGACCAUCUUGUAUGGGGUCCAACCACCACACCCGGACGUCCAUCAUGCUCUGUGGGCAGAGACGGUGCGCCUGAUGCUGGAAGUGGUCGAUAUCAUGAUGCGCACCCAUCCACGUGUGAUUCGCUAUGCGCUGAGGCAGGACCUCCUACGGCAUGUGCUUCCGUGCGUGCGCCUUCUGCCCGAUGAUGCCAUUCUCGCUGCAUUUUCCAACAUAUUCUCACUGCUGAUUCCCGCUGCGUUGCUCCACCGGAGUGUGCUCCCUGCGCUUGCUAUUAGCAUAGAAGUCCUGGAGGCUGAGACUGCUCAAAAGCCGCUGUUCCAGCUUAUAAAAACGUCAACCCUUGGGCCCAUGUGGACGAAGAUGACGGGGCUUGUUGGAGACCACCACAAGAUUUUCCUCCGGUGUGAAAUGCCUGCAGAGGUCAACCAGUUCUAUGGCCACGACCAUUAUCUUCCGCCGAUGUUCGGGCUGCCUCUCCUGCUGAACGUGUGGACGUGGUCCAUGCGUGACCCGGAGUCGCACGCCAAACUACUGCAGGACAACCCGGAUCUGGAUGUGUGGCGUGACCGUGCGCGGCGGAGCCGUGGGCGCCUUCUGCUAUAUGUGAUCAGUGUGUCGAUUGGCCCGGAACGCACCAUGGCUAUCCUCAUCCCGCUGCGCAUGAACAUGUCAUUCCUUGGCGACAUGGCAGCGCGUUUGACGCGGCGCCUCACACGUCGAGAAGGGGGCAUGGCAGCAGAGCUAUUGCAAAUUCAGCAGGCAUUCAUCGAUAGUGCUGACAGGUGGCCGAAGAAGUUGCUUGAUAUAUUCCAAUACUAG